AAAACUCCUGGUUGUUUUUGAAUGCCGCCAUUGUGUCACCUUAGUUCUCAACCCCCGACAAAUUCCUUUUUAGUCCUCCUAUCCCUGUGAAGUCUACUUGCUCAGAAGUUCCAUUUGAUUGAAUCACUCGCAUUUUCGUACGCUAUAAGCUAUAUUAUUACAUCAUUUGAUAUCGUCGCGUGGCCUACCCCUUGUGAGACUGCGACUUGCCUGAUGAUUUUUAAGAAUCGACGUGGAUUUACAAGUUUAUUACUCAGUCAAUUGAAAUAGUGUAACAAAAUGCCUCUGACCAGACUAGAAGCACUUUCCUCUGCUAUAUCGGUUCAUGAUGAUGGUGAAAAUGCUGCCACGCUAAGAGGCAAAAGUAGUCUGUCGACAAGUGGGAAAUUUUCAGGAGCAGUAACGAAGCAGAGGUCUGUUUUGGGGGACAUUUGCAGCAACAAAUCAACGUUGACAAAUGUAGCCUCUGAGACUGAUUUUAAGAAACCACAACUUUUGCCUUCUAAGAUCUUCAAGAAACAAGUUCAAGAUUCAGAGAAUACACCUCAGCCACUGCCAAGUGACAAGGAUGAUGUCCAACCUACUGUAGACACAGAAAGACGGCAAUCAUUUUCCUCUCAAAAUUUGGAGAUAGAAAAUAUUGAUAAAGAAUCUAAUCCCCAGCUGGUUGCUGUUUACGUGAAGGAUAUCUACAAAUACCUGCAUGAGUUAGAGGAAAAAGCUGUCAUUAGACCUAAUUACAUGGAAGGCUACAAGAUCAGGCCAACCAUGCGCACGAUCUUAAUUGACUGGAUGGUGGAAGUCCAUGGACGUUUCAAACUACUCCAGGAAACACUGUAUUUGACAGUGGCUACUAUGGAUCGUUUUCUUCAGGUUGAGCCGACUAUUGUACGACAUGAUCUGCAACUUGUUGGCCUUACGUGCAUGUUCAUCGCUUCUAAAUUCGAAGAGAUGUACACUCCUGAGAUCCAUGACUUUGUUUUCAUGUCGGAUAAGGCUUAUACAAAGAAGGAAAUUCUGCGCAUGGAGUUACGCAUACUUAGGGCAUUGGACUUUAGUUUAGGCCGUCCGCUUCCUCUUCAUUUCUUACGUCGGUACACAAAAGCUGCUACGCAUGUUUAUGACUGGGUUGACGUUCUUCACCACACCCUGUCAAAGUAUUUGAUGGAACUGUCGUUGCCAGAAUACGAGUUCUGUCACUUUUUACCAUCGCAACUGGCUGCGGCAUCGCUAUGCUUGUCUCUUAAGAUUCUUGAUGAAAGUGAAACACCUAUUGAUGUUUUAUGGAACGACACGUUGGUUUUUUAUUCUGGGUACACUUACGGAGCUCUGGAGCCGAUAGUGGAGAAAUUUUGCUCUCUGAUUAUUAAGUCAGAAACAAGCAAGUACCAGGCUAUACGGAAGAAGUAUCUCGUCUCUAAGUUUUACCAGAUCAGCGCUCUUCCAAAUUUCAAAUCCCCAGUUACUCAUGCCUUCAUGGCGAAAAUGGCGCUGAAGAACUCAAAUUUUACCCAUGUUUCUUACACUAAUGAUGGUUGCUAACUGAAAUGGCACAUUUUUCAUUUUUAGGUCUUUGACCGUGACUUGUGUUUUCUUAUUUCAAAAUUUUCUCGAACGUUCGCGUGUUUUUAAUUCUUUUGCAUUUCCAAAAUUCUUCUCGCCUCUACAUAGUUUGCCCAACAUCAUCAUGUGGUAUCGGGGUUUCAUGUACUCGUAAUACAUAGUAUCAAACAAA